AUGGAGGAGCCUUACGACGAACGCCAUCGCCGACGGCAGCCGCUGCACAUCACCGGCUUCCUCUUCCUCUGCGCCGCCGUGCUCCUUGCGCCUCACGGCGGCAAUGUGGCGGCCGCCUUGCAGCACAAGGUCGGGGAUCUCGACGCCUGGGGGAUUCCUCCGUCCAGCAAACCCGACGUCUACUCCAUCUGGUCUCAGACCCGCAGCUUCCAGAUGGGCGACUCCCUGAGUAACCUCCCCUCCCCCUUCUUCUUCCCCGGAUUCGGGUUGGGGUUGGUGUUAGGGUUAGUAGGUUUGCUGGAAUACUCCUUUCGUAGAUCUGAUCUGUGGACCCGCUUCCAGUGUUCCUCUACCCGCCGAGCCAGGACGCCGUCGUCCAGGUGACGGCGCUGGCCUUCGAGAGCUGCAGCAUCGAGGACCCCAUCCUCAAGAUGGACGACGGCAACUCCCUCUUCAACAUCACGUCCGCCGGGGAGUUCUACUUCACCAGCGGCGUCGUUGGCCGCUGUGAGAAGAACCAGCGGCUUCGCAUCUCAAUUGGCGGCGGCAACAGCACGUCGUCAGCGACGGCGGACUCCCCCGCGGGGGCGCUCCCCGGCACUUCCACCGCGUACCCCAACGUCUUCGGCCCGACCCCGCCGUCGUCAUCGCCGCCGCCGCCGGCCUCCGGGAUCGCCAUGGCCGCCGCCUCGGCGCUGCUCGCGCUUCUCUUCCAUUCCCUCUGCGGCUGA